GCUAUUUAAAAAAAAAAAAAAAAGGUAAAAUGCUUGGCUGGCCGUCAUAACUAAGCGUCGAGUAUAAAUAUGGUUGGGGAGCGUCUUCGAAAAAUGAGCCACUCUUCCAACUCACUUGGUACCGGGAAUAACACCAGCAAACAUGAAACUUCCAGUCAUCAUUUUUUCUUUGGUUAUUGCCACUGGCAUGGCCGCUCCAUUGAAUGUGGUCUAUCCACACGUGCAGGCAUUCCCAUCUCCGUUUGCUCACGCAGUCCCGGUACAUAUCGUUCACGCCAUUCCAGCCGUCGAGACUAGGGUUCACUAUGCCGAGACUCCCGUAGUAGUCGGUCAUUCCACUCAAAUCCUGAAGCCCAAUUUGAAUCCAUUCGUCGUGGCUCCUUUAGUGGCACCUUCAAUUGCCGUCGCUCCAUCAGCUGAUCCCGCCAUUAUCGAAGCGAAAAAAGACGAAGAAAAAUCAGCGGGUAAAGUAAAGACACCCACGGAGAAAGCUGCUGAAGAUGUUAACAUUCCAUUAACGUACGUCGCUCAUCGGUUUGCCUUCGCUGCACCGACUGUCUUGGAUGUCAAGGCCUCCGUCCCAGCUGGUGAUGCUCCUCCCGUGGAUCAACUAGUUACUAAACAAAAGGUUAUUGCUCCCGUUCGUGCCAUCUCCGAAGUGACUCCACAGGUUCACGUGCAACAUCCGACUAAAAUUAAUGUCGAAAAGGUCGCAGUUGAAGUGCCAGUGGCUACACCGUAUGCUCUUCCUGUUCCUGUUCCCGUAGCGCCUCAUUACGAGAUCCACCACGUUCACACUCCCGCACUGACCGUUGUGGCUUGAAAAUAAGUUUGUGAUAUCAUUUGUUAUGUACUUAAAUCGACUGUUAACACACCUUUCGAUUCAACUGUUAUAUCAUCGCAUUGGCAAUACAUCGUUUUUAAUCGA